UCUCUUUCAAUUGCAUGCCGAGUAUUGUUCUUCCCCUAAGGAUCGUCAUGCAUCGGCGCAUUGUAUAUCAAUCUAUCAUCGACGAAUUCGGCUCCAUUGCUCGAGAAUUGGAAGUGGGCUUGGCUCGAUUUGACGAAUUUUUGAGGGCGCGAAACCUGCAUCGUGAAUGUUUUUAGAUUGCAUGGCGAGCACUACAGAGACAGAGUAUGCUGCUUUUCUGGAGAAGGUGAAACGGACUGUCUAUGUCGACAACCUAUCACCCCAGGUCACUGAACCUGUCUUGAGGACUGCUCUUGACCAGUUUGGAAUGGUAAAAAAUAUUCAAUUCAUCACGAACUACAUAGAGCCGGAGCACAUCCCAAAUCGUGCUCUUGUCGAGAUGGAAGAUGAGGAGCAGGCAAAAGCGAUUGUGAAGCUGAUUGCUAGCUGCCCGCUGAUGAUAGUUGGGAUGCCAAGGCCUGUGAGAGCUUGUGCUGCUAAAGUGGAGAUGUUUGAGGAUCGCCCAGCAAAGCCUGGUAGGAAAAUAGAGGUCCGCUGGUUGGAUGCAGAUGAUCCUAACUUUGAGGUAGCUCAGAAGUGGAAGAAAAUUGAUAAAAGGCAUGCUGCUGAAGCUCGAUUUUUGCUCAAACAAAAGGCAGAAGAAGAGAAACUUGCUAAGCAGCAGGCAGACAAUCUUAAGGCAAACUUUGCCAAGUACGAAAUGAUCGAUGCCAUCAUGGCAGAUGGAACUGCGGCGCGUUUGGCUGAAUAUUAUGGAUUGAACCUCAGGGAUGAGUCAUAAAUGUCAGUCUUCUCUAACUUUCGCCUCAUGGCCAGUGGAUGAGGAUGCUCAUGGCUGGUGAAACUGCAGAAAGUUUAGGUUGUCAUUAUGGAAUGAACCCUAGGGACGAGUUGUAAAUGUCAGUCUUCUUUAACUUUCGCCUCAUGCCCCGUAAAGAAUCGAGGAUGCUUAGUCUUCAUGUACAGACUAGGAAUGAGGGAGCGUUUGCCAAAGCAUUCUGAGGGCAUUGAAACCGAUGCUUUUUCUACAACCUUUCAUCUC